UGUUCGAAGGGGGAAGGACAAAGGGGGUAGAUAACGCAUCAGAAGUUUGCAUGUGCUGCUUGACCUACAUGUUGUUUAGCACCUGCACCCUAAUCCACAGGAGCCCUGACACUCAAAACGGCGAGCGCAGAAAACAGUGCCUUCUCCCCAAGACCACCUUUCAGCCCAGCUUGAGACUCACAACGGGAAACCUCAUCUUGUGCAAGAACAUUAAGUUCUUCCUCAUUUCGCACAGAGGAAGUGUGUGGCUUGUGUGUAGCAAGCUCUGUGUCGUUACACAGCCAGCUGAGUUUCCCCAAAGUGUCAUUUUUUUGGACCGCCGGGCACAUUAGAACACUAUCUACAUCUCCUGACGCAUUUCCACCCAACCCGAAAGCUGGAUCUCCCUGGCGAAAAGAAAAAGGGGACGUGAUGCUUGGAGUCUGAACGCGAGCACUGACGUUUGCACCUCAAAGGAAGGAAAAAAAGAACGAUGGGAAACACAGCGAGAACGAUGAAAGCCACACCUGAGAUAAACAGCACACCCUGGCAAUCUGGCCAAAGAAGUGAUUUUCUUGCUGUUCUUGAUGAUUAUCCGACGCCAGAUAUAAGCCCGCCUAUAUUUCAAGUCGGAGAAAAACUACGUGUCAUAUCGGAUGAAGGAGGCUGGUGGAGAGCCCGUUCCCUCACUACAGGUCAUGAAAGUUAUAUCCCAGAAAAAUAUGUAGCAAAAGUUUACCACGGCUGGUUAUUUGAAGGCUUAGGAAGAGAAAAAGCUGAAGAGCUGCUGCUGCUUCCCAAUACGAAGAUUGGUUCGUUCAUGAUUCGGAAGAGUGAAACAACAAAAGGCUCCUAUUCCUUGUCAGUCCGUCAUGCACACGUGAAACAUUAUAGAAUCUGCCGCCUGCCAAAUAACUGGUAUUAUAUCUCUCCCGGGCAUACGUUUCAGUGUCUUGAGGACCUUGUGAAUCACUACUCUGAGGUAGCCGAUGGCCUCUGCUGUGUACUCUCAAAUCCCUGCCUCACUCAGCACACUAUCAGCAACGAAGGACGGAUCCAGGACCCCCCUGUGGUGAUGCGCAACAAGACCUUCAGGUGGAAAGAUAAGCAGAGAUCAAAGGAAGAUGACGAUGAAAUUGUAGACAUGCUUGGAAUGGAGGACUCUGGCCUCAGCUACGGGCUCCGGAAUAGCAUCGCCUCAUAUCUCGCUCUUACUGGAGAAAAUGACUCCUCCUCUUAUGUGAGAAAGAAGAAAAAAAGCCAGUCGGUUAUAUAUCGGAGAGAGGUCACAUCGCAACCAGCUUUCAUGUUUCAUGAAGACUGAGAGCUUGAGAAAAUGCGGGGUGAAGGGUUGAUCAGCCAAGAAGGAACUGAGAAAUUCUGUGUCCGCAAUAUUAUUAUUUUUGCGCUCUUGGAAAUACGACCAUCAUAUACUAGCCCAGAAAUACACACAUCUUCAGAAACAGUCUGAAAACUAGACUUCAUUUGUGAAGCAGUUGCCGAGAGAAAAUGGCAGAUAAUCUAAAACAGACUUUGUUUACAGAAGAACGGCAUCCGUGGGCCAGAGCUUGGACAUAAUGAAUUAUGAGUAAUGCAGUUCCUUUAAUAAAUUAUUUUUGGGGCAAAGUUAUAUUUCAAUAGUAAGGUUGAAAUAUGAUUAGGAACCAAAGUUACUCCUUAGAAAAAGAUGACUAGGAACCAAAGUUACUCUUUACAAAAAGGGUGUAAUAAACUUAUAUUUCUAAAGUAACAUAAAAAGUGCGGUUCAACUAACUUUUGGGGGCACAAGGUUAUUUUAAAAGCUACAUUUCAAAAGUAGGAUAACAAAUAGGAACUUAGUUAUUUUACUUGUGCAAUGAGUCAUAUUUCAAUAUUCUUAUUUGGGAUAUCAAAUGUCAAUAUUUGAGGUACUAAGUGGUUUUUAGAGACAGCCUGACAAGAACUUCUUUUAAGUUUCAUGUCAUUUACUUCUUAAACCUAGUGUUCCCCUAAAGAAUAAUAGAAAGGAAUGAAAGUGGAAUAAACAGCGUAACUAGUCAGGUAUUUAGUUACUUUUCAAAACUUCGGCAUGGACCAAUAAAGGGUUUCUUUGCAAACACUGUAACAAAUACUGAGAAAGAAUUACUUUUAAAUAAUACGUUUCCAAUCCCUACCCCCCCCCCGGCUGGUUACACUGCCACAGAUUAUCAUCUAAUUAAAAAUGGCUAUUUUUCCACAUUAUAAUUCCCACAUGGUCUUCUGCCAUGCAGCUGCUCUACAACUUUCCCAUUAAAAGCCAAGUGAUUGAUCAGAUGCCUAUGUGUCUGGAGCCCCUUUUCCCCUCUAAAAACCUCUGGCUUUGCAAAUUCUUAAGAGCUCCUAAGGUGCACGGAAGUAGGCAUAGCCUGUAAAUUAAAAGACAUUUUUAAAAACCCACACAGAACAGAUUGUGAUGAAUGAGUAAAUGUAGCAGACAGUGUUUAUCGCUCCAAAACACAGACUUCACAGCACAAAUCAACAGGUGCAGAGUUAUAUGCUCGGGGGGGGGGGAAAUCAAACGUAGGAGUCUUUUUUCGGCUUUUAGACUAGAGGUAGAAGAAUCACAUUUUAAAAAAGAAAAGAAAAAGAUUGCCCACAUAAAAGGUUCCAUUACAACAGAAAACUUACAGAGCCAGAUGGAUAGCUUACGUUAUUUCAUUCUCUUUCACUCUGAAUGUGCUUCCUAUAAAGACAGUACGUUUCUUUUCUAAAGUUGGAAUAUUCCACACAGUAACACAGUCCAGAUUUUGCUAGGCCUGUAGAUCUGCCUAACUUAGGAGCAGUUGAGUGUCUAUCUGUUAUCAUUUCAGUUCUGUGCCAAAUAUGUAUAUAAACUUAUUUAUAGGGUUGAAGCCGGUGUAAAAUAUGCAUUUAAAAAAAACAGCGUACGACCCGUGGGUGAAGCUGAACAAAAAUAAUGUAUAAAAAAAUGUACAAAAAUUUACAAAUAAUAAAAUAUUUUAAAACAAAAA